UUGCCUCUCUCUACCCGCACCUCUCUCCUCCAUCCCCCCCCCCCAUCCCCAUUUCUCCACCCUCCUCCAUCUCGUCCCCUCCUCCAUCUCGUCCCCUCUUCCUUUGAUGCCGCGGCCGGGCCGGGUGGCGAGGCCUCCUGGGCGCCCCCCAUGCAGGAGGAGGAGGACGACGCGGCGGGGCCCGCGGGGAUCCAGGCCGAGUCCCCGAGCCGGGCCGAGGGCUCCGUGAGACCCCGUGGUGGCACCAACCCCUUCCUGUGGACCGCGGUCUUCGACUACGAGGCGAGCGCCGAUGAUGAGCUCACCUUGCGGCGGGGAGACCAGGUUGAAGUCCUCUCCAAGGAUGCGAAGGUGUCGGGCGACGAGGGCUGGUGGACGGGAAAGAUCGAGGAUCGAGUUGGCAUCUUCCCCAGCAACUACGUCACACGGAAGCCCAGCUUCAACAGGCUGCAGAGGACGAAGCCUUGCGACUACGUGCCCCCCGUGGAGAUUCCCUUCACGCAGCUUCUCCUCGAGGAGAUCAUUGGCGUUGGCGGAUUUGGGAAGGUUUACCGAGGCCUCUGGCAGGAGGAGGAGGUGGCAGUGAAGGCAGCGCGGCAAGACCCAGACGAGGAAAUCAGCGCCACGGCCGAGAGUGUGCGGCAGGAGGCAAAACUCUUCUCCAUGCUGCGGCAUGACAACAUCAUCGCGCUGCGCGGGGUCUGCCCGCAGGAGCCCAACUUGUGCCUGAUCAUGGAGUACGCGCGCGGCGGGCCGCUGAACCGUGCUCUGGCAGGGCGGCGCAUCCCGCCGCACAUCCUCGUCGACUGGGCGGUGCAGAUCGCUCGCGGCAUGCUCUACCUGCACGACGAGGCCAUUGUCUCCAUCAUCCACCGCGACCUCAAGUCCAGCAACAUCCUGCUGCUGGAGCGCAUCGAGAACGACGACAUCAGCAAGAAGACGCUGAAGAUCACAGACUUUGGGCUGGCGCGAGAGUGGCACCGCACCACCAAGAUGAGCCAGGCCGGCACGUACGCGUGGAUGGCGCCCGAGGUCAUAAAGUUUUCAAUGUUCUCCAAGGGCAGCGACAUUUGGAGCUACGGUGUGCUGCUGUGGGAGCUGCUGACCGGCGAGGUGCCGUACCGCGGCAUCGACGGCCUCACCGUGGCUUACGGCGUCGCCGUGAACAAGCUCACCCUGCCCAUCCCCUCCACCUGCCCAGAGCCAUUUGCCAAGCUCAUGGCCGACUGCUGGAAGGCGGACCCACACGCACGGCCCUCCUUCGCCUCCAUCCUGGAGCAGCUCACAGCCAUCGAGGAGUCCAUUCUGCUCGAGAUGCCCCCGGAGUCGUUCCACUCCAUGCAGGAGGACUGGAAGGUGGAGAUCCAGCACAUGUUCGACGACCUCCGAGCCAAAGAGAAGGAGCUUCGCAGCUGGGAGGAGGAGCUGACGCGCGCGGCCGUGCAGCAAAAGACGCAGGAGGAGUGCCUGCGUCGGCGCGAGCAGGAGCUGGCGGAGCGCGAGAUCGACGUGCUGGAGCGCGAGCUCAACAUCCUCAUCCACCAGCUUAACCAGGAGAAGCCGCGUGUCAAGAAGCGCAAGGGCAAGUUCAAGCGCAGUCGCCUCAAGCUCAAGGACUGCAACCGCAUCAGCCUGCCGUCCGACUUCCAGCACAAGAUCACGGUGCAGGCAUCGCCCACCGUCGAGAAGCGCCGCAGCCUCAUCAACAGCAGCUCGUCGAGCCCGCCAGCCAGCCCCACCAUCAAGCCGCGGCUCAGGGCCAUACAGCUCACGGGAUCCGAGGGGCAGUCAGGGUUCCCCAGCCCCCAGCGCAACAGCUACGUGUACCAGCAGGACGUUGACAUCACCAGCGAGUGCGCUCUGUCUGAUGGCGCUGCCAAAGCCGCGGUGGAGAAGCGCGAGGGGACCAGGACGUGGGCGCGCGGGUCAGUGUGCUCGCGCCCUCGCUCGCAGCAUGAGGAGGAUGAGGCGGAGCGCAAGGGCCAGCGCAAGAAGGGUCGCACGUGGGGGCCCAGCACCAUGCAGCAGCCACGCGAGAGGGGCUCCUGGGAGGACAGGUUUGUUCCGGCUGCCGAACCCCUCAUGGUGUCGCCCGAGCCCCAACGCCUGAAUGGCAGUGACGAAAGGCUGACGCCGUUGUCGGAUGAGAACAAGCAGUGGUCGUCGAGCACCCCCAACCUGGGAAAGACGCCGCAGCGAGCCGGUCUGCCCGCGGCUGUGGGCUUCUCCUGCCUGCACGAGACGGGCGAGAGUGGCGACGCCGGGCCCUCGCCCGAGCCCCAGGCCAGCUCGGACCCCACGCCUCAAGCGACGGGUGCACAGCUCGAGCUCCCGCUCACGGGCGCACGCAACUCGUGGCCUGGGAACGGCGCCAUCGCAGCCGUCGCCGCCGCCGCUGUCACCACCGCCUCCCCCGCCAUGGCGUGCGGACAAGGGAGCGACACCACCGAGGAGCCCACGCCCGUCAACUCGGCCUCCAGCACGCCGCAGGUGACCCCGACAAACAGCCUGAAGCGGCAGCCUACCCAGCGCAAGCGCUGCGAACUGGCGCUGCUGGACUGCACCGCCGUGCUGGCAUCGGUGGUGCUGGGCGUGGACAUACGUGACGUGUGGAAGCAGCAGGUGCUGGGCGGGCUUUCCGAUGACCUUGAACCGGCGGAACGGGACCGCUCGGCGGACCGCGGCGUCGGGGUCGGUGUUGGGGUCGGCGUAGGCUCCACCAAAAAGAAGGAGGGCCUCUUCCAGCGCACGGGCCGCUUCCGCCGCAGCUCCAGCCCGCCGAGCCGCAAGCCCACCAAGAAGGAGGAGGCGGCGGCAGCGGCGCUGGCGGCGGCCGCGUUGGGGGCCGGCGGCGAGCCGCACGCGUCGGUCACGCUCGACUCGCUGUCGUCCAUCUCCGAGUGCAACUCGACGCGCUCGCUGCUGCGCUCGGACAGCGACGAGAUCGAGACUCCGCCGAGCGUCGACUCUCCGCCGACGCCGGGCGGCGGCGUGGUGCUGCGCGUGACGGCAGCGGUCCCCCACUCGCCGUCUUCCUCGUCGUCGUCGUACGAGGAAGCCGGGAUGGCCGCGUCGGCGGUGUCGCGCACGCGUAAUCCGCUCGUGGACUGCCGCGUGGAGAGCUUCAAGCGCCAGCCUGGCCAGUCGCUCACGCCCACGCAUGUGCUGCUCCCCGUGGCGGCCGGCGCCGUGACCAGGAGGCACCGGAGGACUCCGUCGGACGGCGCGCUGCCGGGGCAGAACGGGCCGGCGCACCAGCGCACGCCAUCGGACGGCAGCGAUGGCGGUUUCCCUCCGACGACCAACGGCGUGGGUGAGGGCCCAUGCCACGGCCUCCCGCGCCUGCCGGAUCCACGGUCGCUGCUGGCGCUGACCCCGCGGCGCCCCCCAUCAGACGACGCUUCUCACGACCCUGCGCUGGAGCGCCCCCGCACGCUCGAGUUCACACCGCGGCCCCGACCCUCGCCCGGCGGCGGCACCGGCGGCUCGGCAUCGGGCGGCGCCGGCCCCGCGGCGGCGGGGACGGCGCGCAGCCGCAUCGACCCCUGGCGCUUCAUGUCUCCGGGUGGCCGCCACGACGGCGGCACCGACUCCCCGGCCAGCAACUCCGGGACGGCCACACCGACGGGCAGUGCCGGCGACUUCGGCGCGCCCGUUCACCUCCGCGCCAGCUACUCUUCGCCGGCACACCACGCGCUGCCGCCCACGUUUCGGCAGUCGAGCUUUGACGGCGACGCGCAGCACCACUGCCAUCACCAGCAGCACCAGCCGCAUUGGCAGUUGGGUGUCGUCGCCGGCAGUGAUCACCACUUGGGCGUGGUGUUGCGCCAGCAGCAUCAUCGCGGGGUAGCGGGCGAAACGGAGGCAGAGGCGCACUCUCCAUUCCGUGCGUUUGGCGCCGUGUCUCCGCAACACCUGCUGCUGGCGCGUCGCUCCACCGAGCCGGCGUUUAGUGGCGGCGGUCGUGGUGGCGCCUUAUCGCCUGCCGCCGGAGACCCCUUCUGCACGUCGAGCAGCGUGGGCACCCUGCUCGACAUGGACGUGGAAGGGCAGAGCCAGGACGGGACGGUGCCGCUGUGCGAGCCGAAUUUGUGACUUUUCCCCGCCGGGUGGGGCGAAGCGGCGGGAGGAGGGGCCGUCGGGCAAGAACCGUUUGCGCGUGAGUUGCGGUCGCUGUGGGGUGAGGGCGAAGUGAGCGGUGAGGUUUUGCCGGCCAUGGGGCCGCAUCCUGCUAGCAUCCCUUGGAAAACUGUGACAGGAACUAAAAACAAAACAAGCGACAAACUCCCCCUGCCGACCCACACGGAAAUUACGGAAUCGCUCAGUUGCCGCGUUGCCAAUGACGCAAAAAAUAAAAUGAUGAUAAACCUGAUAAUACGUCAGUGAUAUUGAUCGCAACUCCAUGAUAAGCAAUGCGCGUGUUUAGUCAAUUCUGCAAGAGUGGGUUACGUUAUGGCCACAACGUUGGACUGCACUGCCAUUCUUUUUGCCUUGAAAGUGCUGCUGCGGCGCCCGCGAUCUUUCCGCCCGCGUGGAACGCGGCGAGCGGACCCCCCUCCCGCUUGUCUCGUGUGAUGGCGCUUUCUCGCACGCUCACCCCGGGCUAGCUGGCGCAAGCUGCGCUCACAGGUAGCUUGAUUUGCACUGCUGUUUUGGGUUUUAUCCCCUUUUUAUUUCUAUAAACAUAGGGGGAGCAUUUUAGCCGUGGCCAUUUUAGAGUUAGCUAAACGUUUUAAAUUAAAGUUGCCGAGACCGCUUUCAAUGGUAGCAUUCCUUGACAGGUUGAGGGGGAUAGUUUGCAAUUUCUUUAAGCCCCAUGAACCACUCGGGCAAUUGCAGGGCGAUCGUUGCCAGCAAUCAUCGCCGGCAAUACAUUAACCAUGAGCGACGAUGGAAACUUGGGUGGGCAAUGGAAUGGAGUGACAGAGUUUUCUCUAGCCAAUCAAAACAAGCCUAGAUAAUAAGUGUGUACGCUGAACAAUGAUUGAUCUGCUGACUGUAAAUGAAAUUGUUGAUUGUGUAUGGGGUAGGCCUAGUACUAGUCGCUAGUUAUGUAAACUGGUUUUUCAGUAGUUUAUGCAGUCCAUUAUUACUAGUCAGUCAGUCAUUUCGUCAAUACAAUACAAUGCAUUACUUACCAGAUCAAAUCAUUUGGUCAGAAAGCGUUCUCUUUCAUCUGUCCAAGAUCCCACUCAUGCUGGGAAUUGGAAGCCCCCACCAUGUUUUGUCAGGCAAAGAAAGCACGACACUCUUCGGCAGUCACGUGUGCUCUCUCUCUGAUCUGGAUGGACAUUGCCGCUGCGAAAUGAUUCGGCAACCAGUGCCGGUGGCGAUUGCCGGCAUCGAUUGCCCGAGUGGAUCACGGCCUUUAGGCUUUACACCAGACAAAAAUCGGGCUAUAAAUGUUUUUGUUAUUAUCAAUGGACCCAUUGCUCAAAGAUAAAGUGAAGGUUUCCUCCCAUGCAAGGCACAAGGCUUUUCCCACGAAUGCCAGAAAAGCCUUGCUUCCACACGUGCAUUCACGGUGACACUGCUCACCCAGUCCCCCCAACUCAUUCCAGCACAGCUCCCUUCUAAAGUCUUAAACUGCUCCCCUGGUCGAUGCUGAAGGUUUUAAGUUCAAGUGUUAAGUGUUUGUUUUGGGUGGCUUCAGUUUGAAUAAUUGUCGCAUAUGUUCUCGGAUCGUCCUUGUCCCCAACCGCUCCACCCUCCUGUUUUGGUCACGAACGUAGCAGCACCGUCGUUGGUGGGCCUACAAAACGUCACGUGUCUAACUUUGCACUUGACUGCAGCAGCGUGGACUGUGGAUUUAUAUCUGCUGCCUCGAACCGGACUUGAUUGAGCUGAAUUAUAACACACGCUCUCUCACCAUUCAAAGAGGUCACUGUAGCAAAAAGAUAGUGAAUCUGAACGGGCCCAUUUUCGUUGUUGAAUGGAACUGUUUGAAAUACUAACUUUCGCGAUGGGUGAUUUGCCUACAACUGUGAACUGUUCCUCUGUGCUUCCCAGAUCCCAUCAAUAGAGUGGUCAUUUACAAACUCAUGUGUUGAAAUGUCUGUUGAGGUAGUUUUCAGCGUUUUGUUAUUGUCUUUUAUCAUUUAAUCUGUCCGGCAGUGAGAUGUAAUGCAUAGUCGUGUGGCAUAGGACAGCGUGUUAAGAAAUGGGGCAAUGUUUGAACCAACAUCGUCACCCAUGCUACUCAAGAGUUCUUAAACUGGCCUGAGUCACAUCUAUGCACUUUGUAGCAGCUUGCGUUCAAUUUAAUUUAAUUUUCUCCUGCUCAGAUUUUAAACUACUGAAACACUAAAUUAUUCCUAAAAAGGAACCUGACUGGGUCUGUAGCCUGUGACAAAACGUGUUUGUGCGUAAGAUCCUGUCGUAAAAGAUAAUGUUAUUUAUUUUUCGUUUUUAUUUAAUUCCCUUCCCCGCCCGCCUAUUGGGCCCGUUCAAUCCCCCAAUGGGUAAUGUUUUAACAAGUAAGCGAUGGAGUACACCUUGCUGAGAAUGCGGAAGAGAGUUUACACCUUCCCGUUAGGAAUGCAGCCUCCCUCCCUCCUUCGCAAUCCCCGCACUCCGUUGCUUCAGGUGUUGUUGUUCUGAAGGCAAAUUUAAAAUUGUCACUACUUGCUCGUUUUGCUUGCGUCAAAAUUACAUUUUCACGUCUUAAUGGGUACGACAUGAGUUAAAGUAAAUAUUAUGAUGCCCACUGAUAAUUAAUAGCUUCACAAGUAGGUUAAGUUUUACGUAUUUCUCUGAUAGGCGAUGAUAAUUUUACGAAUAAGAGUUGAAGCAUGCAAAGGCAUUCGUUAAAGGAGACGAUAGGCGACCCACGGGGAAUGUGAUGUAAUACCUUUGUAAGAAUGCCGGUUAAUUCUGACAGUAUCUUUCCUAUCGUCGAUGUGUUUUUCCGAUGGCACUGACUGAUGGCUUGAUGAACGGGGGUUCUGAAAGACAUGGAGCGUAGCACAACUCCGUGUGGUGCGUUUACAGCAGCUCUCUUGCACCCACAUGUCUGUCCACGUGUUCCACUUUGACCGUCUGCUUGCCCCCUCCUUACACACCACUCUCACACUGGACAAAACACGCACACUCCACGACAAUUCAUGCAGGGAACGCGACGGAGACCUUUCGGGCGGUUUAAGGACGAGCGUUUGUAUGUCCCGUCGUAAUAAUCUGUGCCGUCUCCCUUCCAGAAACCCAUCGCAUCUUAAUCACUUGGUUGCCUGUGAAUAGCGCGGGGAUCGUAUGUAGUAUUAUGGAUGGACAUUGUGGAUCCUGUGGCAUCGUUUGUGAGAGUAGUCGGCUGUGUAGUUUACAGGCUUUAAUCGCACUGCCGUCAUUUGGUUUUGUUACUGCAUUGCGUUCCUUUGCAACUACAUUUUGCUGAGGUGUCUUUCACAAAAUAAGUUGCAAAUCUCGGAGGGCUUUUUCACCUGGUGAAAUUAAGGAACGAAUUGAACUUUGAAUUGAAUUUCGUGUAAUUAAUUGCAUUACAAAUAGAUCACAUUGAUGUGAUUUGGAAAAGUUGAACAAAUGAGCAGAUUAGAAUUUCUUGCCAUUGCUCAUAACCCCCAGAUAGCCCCAAAUAGGACAUUUUAUAACCCUGAACUCUCUCCCCUUUGUUGAGCAAAUCACACACCACUCAUAGCACGGCAUUACACGUGGCCAAAUCCGCUUAAGCUGUAUUGUUCCUGCGUAGCGCCGUCUGAAUUCACUCUACUCAGUGGGAUACAUCGCAGUAUUAUCGCACGCAGUACGGCUUGUGAGCUACCGUCCCAGGACGUUCUGUUAGAGUUGUUGUUUAGAACCUGGCUUGACCCACUUUGCAGUGUGUGAUCGUGUUGACAGUUUCAAUUGGGGACAGGGGCAGACUACAGUCGAAGACCCAUUUAAGCAACCAUGAACGUGGCAGUGACCUUCCCAGGUGGUCGCACCCGUCACGUCAUAUUUUACACAUUACAAUCCCUUGCCUCAUUGACAGAUUUACAAAACGUAGUAAAAACCACAAUUGCAGCUGUUUGUAAGUGCAGUAUUACACAGCAUUUAAAUGAGAGAAUAGGUUUUUUUUCCUUUUUUAUGGCAGCAAAACAGCUGUGUUAAGAUGUUAAAACACCAAACUGAAACCUUUUACAAGGA